GUCUCGUUCUCGAUGAUAGCUGAUAACAUGUAGUACUGUUAAGUAUGCUUAAACUUCACAACGUUUAGAGAUUUAAAUUUGAAAAAUAUUCCCGCGCCCGACGCUACGACGUCUCGCGCGCCAAUGCCGGACGCCAUAUUGUUUUGUUGUGCAAACAGCUUCUGACGUUUGAGAAUUUUCAAUAAACUAAAUUAAUUGUUUAUAUCGUUAAAAUCGUGCUAAUAUUGUGUUUCAACAAUGCCAAAAAAGAGGUCACGUUCGCGAUCUAAAGAACGAGACCGGGAAGAUCGAAAAACUUGUAAAAAACUCAAGUUAAUGCAAGAACAAAUUGAUAACCUCACAAAAUGUAUGACGGAGUUUAUACAAAGUCAAAAAAAGGAAAACAAUACUUCAGAUGUUUUGGAGGCUAAUAAAGAAAAUAUACCAGAGAUAUCUAAUAAAGACUCUGAGUUAUCUACAAAUAAUAGUAACUUUCAACUGUCCCCUUCAUCGGACGUGGAUAUUAUUACACCCGAGGAUAAUAUUCAAGAAUCAAUUGAGGCUCCACAAGACUGGAAUCAGGAAUUCCUAGAAAUGAUGGGGGAGGAAUUACCUUCCUCUAAUGCAAUCACAAAUAUCGACGAGACUAUCCAAAAACAGUGGACUCACUGGAUCACAAAGGGUUUAACAGAGGAGACUCGAAAGGGUCUUCUCAAAAAAUAUUCUAGAGAAGGGCCUCUUCGCACUGAAGCACCCAAAAUAAACAUGGAGAUAGUGAGCCACUUAACAGAAAUUGCUAAAAAGAGAGAUCAGCACUUUGCCGACACCCAAAACUGUGUGGGUACGGGCCUGAUUUCACUCGGGACAGCUAUAUCAAUGUUAAUGGAAAAUCCUGAAGAGGGAGUUGAUCACAUGCAACUUAUGAAAUAUCUUUGGGACACUGGAAAAAUUAUGACAGACGUAUUUCAUCAACACUCAGUUGCGAGAAAGUCUUUCAUUACACCAAAUCUUGAUAAGGAUAUUAAAUCUACCCUAGAAGCGACAGAUUCUGAUGAAUGGCUUUAUGGUAUCAAACUGAAUGAGCAAGUAAAGGAUGCCAAAAAUAUUAAGAAGGCUUCAGCUUCACUUAAGGCGCCAGAAAAACCACCAGCCAAGAAGCCAUACCUACAACCCUAUCACUCCUAUCAGCCCUACCAGGUAAACUGGAGAGGCCCACCUGCGAGACCCAGACAGGUGGGCUAUUAUCCACGGAGGCAAUUCACCAAUGUGAGAUACAAACCGAAGCCAUUCCAGACGAAGUCUUCACAGUAUCCAGGACGCUCCACAUCACAAAAACAAAGCCGUCCAGCAUCAAAGAAGUAA